UGUCUAACCUCGCUGGCUCUCAAAAGUGUACUAAAUAUAAAAUCUGAAUUAUAUAUAUUAAUAAAUUAAAACUCAUUAUUGUCAAUGUAUGACAUAAAUAUUUUAUAAUUUUUUUCUUUAAACAAUAUACGUUUGGAAAAUUUCGAAAACACCAUAUUACAAUCGCAAACAUUUAAAAGAAUUAAUAAAAUUGAAACUUUCAUUCUACAUAUCUGUAAAAGGGCUAAUACUUACGUUUACUAUCUCUGACUUUACAUUGUUAUUAGAAAUUUUUUAUGAAACUUUUUAUAAGUGUCAGUUAUAAAUAAAUUGUAAUACGUACAUGCUUAUAAUAUUUUUAGAGCAAUGAAAUUUGAUGAAAUUCGACAAUUAUGUGACAUGAAAAAGUACUUGAAAGCCAUAUUAUAAGCGUGAACUAAAAAUAUGAACGUGAAAUAAUAAUAUAAUCAUUAAAUAAGUGAAAAAUGUUGAGGCAUUGGCUUAAAUAUGUAUCGAGACAUUCUUCAUAUUUAUUAACAUCUACGUCUAUCAUAAAAUCAUCAAAAAUAUGUUUUUUUUUUCAAGAUAUACCAUUUAGAAUACCCUUAGCAUUUAUGCGUAUUUAUAGUAAUAAUAAUAAAAAAUAUGAAAAAGAAAAUGUAACAAUCAUUAAUAUGAUUAAAUACUGGCAUCAAAUAUUUGAAAAGGAGAAAAUUAUUGAGCCAAAAAAAUCUAUCGAACAUAUUAUUGCUCAUGUAUUAGGUAUUUCAAGGCUAACGGACUUGUCCAAUAUAAGCACAAUGAAACUUAAUAGAGAGCAGUUGCAAAAACUGGAGGGGCUAUGUCAAUGUAGAUUAUCAAGAAUGCCAGUGCAGUAUAUUAUUGGCGAAUGGGAUUUUAGACAUAUCACAUUAAAACUAGAACCUCCUAUUUUUAUUCCACGUCCGGAAACUGAAAUAAUUGUUGAUAUUUCAUUAAAGAGGAUUGUUUCAUUCAAAAAUGAUAAAUGCAAUAUUUUAGAAAUUGGUUGUGGAUCCGGUGCUAUUUGUCUUUCACUUUUACACUCCCAUAAGAAUAUAAAUAUUACUGCAAUUGACGCAAAUUCACAUGCCUGCGAGUUAACUAUGCGUAAUGCCCAAGAUCUGCAACUUCAAGAUCGACUUAUUCUUUUCAAUGCAAUUUUAAAAAAUGAUGGUUUAAUAGAAAAAAAAAAAAAUUUUUUUAAAGAUUCUAUCAAUUUUUAUAAUGAUAAAUUUGAAAUUAUUGUAAGUAAUCCUCCUUAUAUACCAACUGAGACAGUAUUUAAACUUCAACCAGAAAUCAAGUUAUAUGAAGAUGUAAAAGCUUUAGAUGGUGGACAUGAUGGAUUAAAAUUGAUUUUAUCAAUUCUUAAAUAUGCAUCUGAAGCACUUAAAAUAGGUGGAUUCCUUAUUUUAGAAGUUGACUUUAAUCAUCCUGAAAGAAUUGAAUUCUUUAUUAAGCAAAAUUAUGUAAAUAAAUUGAAAUUAGAAUAUGUUCAUAAAGAUUUUGCUAACAAAGAUCGCUUUGUUGAAAUUUUAAAAAUUGGUUGAUA